AUGGCUCCUUUACUCAUGAGUGAGCCUCCUCAGGCAUCUCUGCACACGUUGAUUAAUGCAGAUGGGUCAGCAACAUACAGCGCACCGCGAGAGGGCUACAAGGUUAUCGCCGGCGUCAAUUACCCGGUCGAAGUUCCUUACCGAUCUGAUGAGAUUCCUGAGUCGACCGUGAUUGAAGUCAAUCUCAGACCACAUAAUGGUGUCGGAAUGGUCAAGGAACGACACAUUGAAGAACUCAUCAAAAGAACGCUUCAAGCUAUCGUACUUGGCCAAGAGACUCCACGAACCAUGUUGCAGCUCACCCUCCAAGUCCUGUCUGUCGAAGGUGACGAGAGCUUACCUGGCGGAGUCAGAGGGGCUGGGCAAGGUGAGACUUAUCUCGACUUGCUUACUUCGGCAUUCAAUGCUGCCAUCCUUGGAUGCUUAGACGCAGCUGUGCAGAUGAGAACAUUGGCUGCUGCUGCUCUCAUUGGCGUCAGCCGUGACAAUGGGCAGAUGAUCAUCAAUCCAGGCGUUGCGCAGCGAAACAAAUGCUCGAGCUUGCAUGUUUUUGCCUUCGGUAAAGAUGGCACAACGUUGUUGAUGGAGAGUGAAGGCAAGUUCAGCAUGGAAAGUUGGCAACAAGCAGCACAUGCUGCUCGCUUAGCAAUUCUUGGUCACUCCUCUGUCACCAGCACCAAUGCCAGGGGAGGCAACCAACAAUCGAACGGAGAUGUUGCCAUGAACGGAACAGACGGUACAACGGGCGAGAACUCGGUGAUCUGUGUACUGGAUGUGAUAAGAAAUGCUAUGGAAGCUCGGGUGAUUAAGGACGAACGCUGGCGACAGGAUCGAUGA